GGUAGGCGCCAUGGAAUCAUAUAAACAUACAUAACAAGAGCCGUAAGAGCACCCAUCAGCUGGCAGGUUAUCUUCUCAGAGGAAUUUCCAGCCCACCCCGACCGUCAUGCUCACCCCCAUCAUGUCCACUCUCUCACUCAGCUUGCUAAAAGCAUGUAGUGUCGUCCUCUUGACUUUGAUAGCAAGAGCACUCAUUUGGUUGAUUAACAUGAUGGUCGUCGCACCUAUGUCUGACCCGCUCAAGAACAUCCAGGGACCCGACGGUUCUCCAUUGCAGAACCACCUUCGUGAGGUCAUGGAUCCCAGCAUAUCUCCAAAUACGCAUGAAAAUUGGGUUAAGUCAUUCGGAAAGACAUUCAGGUUUCAUGGGUUCGGCAGACAUGACUUCCGUCUCCUCUCUGUCGACUUUUCCGUUAUGUCGCAUAUCCUCAAUUCACCCAUCUACGAGAAACCAUGGCAAACGCGAAGAUUGCUGUCGAACCUUUUCGGGCGCGGUAAGCUGGUGCAAUUCUUUCCGGAGGCUUGAAUGUUCCUGUACCCUAGAAGAGGGUACAGGUAUGGGGUAAAAUUUCUCCGUGCGCACGAUCAUACCGGCCCGUUUAGCAGUCAAAGCGAAUGAAUGUUUUAUUUGACACCGUCGUUCUCCUGUCUUCUUCGUCGUUUCUCCUGUCUUCUUCGUCGUAGUCCUUUUGCUUGUCUUCGAAGUAACUUAUGGCUUCCAGUUCUCUCACUAGCGUCAAUGAAGCUGUGUCACUUCUUCCGCAUGUGUCAUUUGUGGUUUCCGAUCACGAGCUUCCAGAUGAUGGGACUUCUGUUGUGUCAUCGUGUG